CUUGGAAAAUACCAUAAAGUAUCUUUCUCCUGCCCUGAUUAUUAAGCGUCACGCUCACGCUUGUGACUCAAUCCAUAUAAAUAAAAGCGCCAAUAACAACUUGAAACUAUCACCAACACAAAAAACCAAAACACACACACACACACGAUGGAAGCAGCGAAGAACAACAACAACGAACGAACUUCGAAUGGUUCCAUUCAUGGACCUACGAAUCCUAUGGUCACUCCUCUUCUCAAUGAUCUCUAUCAAUUCACCAUGGCUUAUGCUUAUUGGAAAGCUAAUAAGCAUCAAGAACGUGCUGUAUUUGAUUUGUAUUUUCGGAAGAAUCCAUUUGGCGGGGAGUAUACUGUGUUUUCUGGAUUGGAAGAAUGCAUAAGGUUCAUAGCUAAUUUCAAACUCAGUGAGGAUGAGAUUGAUUUUGUUAGGCAAAGUUUGUCUCCUUCUUGUGAGGAUGCAUUCUUUGACUAUCUUAGAGGACUUGACUGCUCUGAUGUUGAGGUUUAUGCUAUUCCCGAGGGGACAGUUGUUUUUCCUAAGAUACCCUUGCUUAGAGUUGAAGGUCCGGUUGCUGCUGUUCAAUUGCUAGAGACUCCCUUUGUGAAUCUAAUUAAUUUUGCAUCAUUAGUUUCUACGAAUGCUGCAAGGCAUCGCAAAGUUGCUGGAAAAUCCAAAACUUUACUUGAGUUUGGACUACGAAGGGCUCAGGGGCCUGAUGGUGGAAUUUCAGCGUCAAAGUAUUGUUAUAUUGGUGGAUUUGACGCAACAAGCAAUGUUGCAGCGGGGAAGUUAUUUGGGAUCCCGCUUCGUGGUACACAUUCUCAUGCUUUCGUUAGCUCAUAUAUGAGCCUUGAUGAGAUUACUGACAGGUCACUUCGUAGAAAAGAUGGUUCAAGUACAUGUGAAGAUUUUGUUAGUCUGGUUCAAACAUGGCUGAGCAAAAUUCAGUUGUUAAAUGGUGUUUUUGGUGAGACCAAUCAAAGCGAGUUGGCAGCAUUCAUAUCUUAUGCAUUCGCAUUUCCUGACAACUUUCUUGCCCUUGUAGACACAUAUGAUGUAAUGAGAAGUGGAAUCCCCAACUUCUGUGCAGUUGCAUUAGCUCUUGGUGAUUUAGGAUACAAAGCAGGUGGCAUUAGAUUGGAUUCUGGUGACCUUGCAUAUUUGUCUUGUCAAGCCAGGAAGUUCUUUUGCUCCAUUGAGAAAGAAUUUGGGGUGCCUGGAUUUGGGAAGUUGAUAAUCACUGCUAGUAAUGAUCUCAACGAGGAAACAUUAGAUGCUUUAAACAAACAGGGUCAUGAGGUUGAUGCCUUCGGAAUUGGUACAUACCUGGUCACAUGUUAUGCUCAAGCUGCCUUAGGUGUUGUUUUCAAGCUGGUUGACAUUAAUAAUCAGCCUCGUAUCAAACUUUCUGAAGAUGUGUCAAAGGUCUCUAUUCCAUGUAAGAAGCGAUCCUAUAGGUUGUAUGGGAAAGAAGGUUAUCCCCUGGUAGACAUAAUGACCGGAGAAGAUGAACCCCCUCCAAAGGUAGGAGAAAGAAUCCUAUGCCGCCAUCCCUUUCAAGAAUCCAAGAGAGCGUAUGUGGUGCCACAGCGUGUUGAGGAGCUUCUAAGGUGUUACUGGCCUGGGAAUUUAGAUAAAAAGCUAGAACCUUUACCACCUCUGAAGGAAAUUAGAGAACGAUGCAUCAAUCAACUUGAGCAAAUGCGGCCUGACCACAUGAGGAAACUUAACCCAACUCCAUACAAGGUUAGUGUGAGUGCAAAAUUAUAUGAGUUCAUUCAUUUCUUGUGGCUCAAUGAGGCACCAGUUGGGGAGCUGCAGUAAUAACAAGACAAAUAAAAUUGCAUGCCUUGAGAACCCAGUGUACAAGGCAAAAAGGAUUUGGAUAGAAAUUUCUUUUCAUACAGUAUAGAUGUAUUAUUCAGUAUGUUUUGACUGUAUAUUGAAGUUGGAGGAACCAAUAUUCUUUCAAGGCCUAUGGUGCAAAUAAUCCAUCUUUUCCGUUGAUCGCAUUGCUAUGCAAUAAAUAUUUGAUUAUAUAAUAAACAUCACUUGAGAUUGACUGUUUCAAUGUUACAGUUUUCUUCAAGUUAUUGAUUCAAGCAUUUUUGUA